CACGGAGACUCAGAGAAGUCAGUAAGACCACCUUGCUGCUGCAGCCUGCCAGCACAGAUCACACAGACCGGUAACGGCGGCAGAGUGGAUUAUGACUAGAAGUAGCCCUACUUAACACAGCGUCUUACAGUAUACGGCUUCGUCGGACUUUUCAAUCUCCAGCUAUAUCUUUGUUGUAUUUUAAGUCACACCGUAGAUUGACGUUGACUGGACAAGAUGUCAGUGGUGGGUUUUGAUUUGGGUUUUCAAAGCUGUUAUGUAGCUGUAGCCCGAGCCGGAGGAAUCGAGACAGUCGCCAACGAGUACAGCGACAGAUGCACACCGUCAUUUGUUUCAUUCGGACCAAACAGUCGUUCUAUAGGAGCAGCUGCGAAGAGCCAGGUUGUUACCAACUACAAAAACACAGUUCAGGCCUUCAAGCGAUUCCAUGGCAGGGCCUUCUCAGACCCUUACGUCCAGUCCGUCAAGUCCAAGUUAGUGUUUGACCUGGCACCGAUGUCAACUGGAUCCACUGGUAUAAAAGUUAUGUACAUGGAUGAGGAGCGGGUGUUCAGCAUUGAGCAGGUCACAGGCAUGCUGCUGACUAAACUGAAGGAGACUGCUGAAAGUGCGCUGAAGAAGCCAGUUGUAGACUGUGUGAUCUCGGUUCCAAGCUAUUUCACAGAUGCAGAGAGGAGGUCUGUCAUGGAUGCUGCUCAGAUCGCAGGACUCAACUGUCUACGGCUGAUGAAUGAGACCACUGCAGUGACUCUGGCAUACGGCAUCUACAAGCAGGACCUGCCAGCUCCAGAGGAGAAGCCCAGAACAGUGGUGUUUGUAGACCUUGGCCACUCCGGUUACCAGGUGUCAGUUUGUGCCUUCAACAAGGGAAAGCUCAAGAUUCUGGCUACGGCCUCUGACUCAGAGCUCGGUGGGAAAGACUUUGACGACAUCCUGGUCAACCAUUUCUGUGAGGAGUUUUCAAAGAAGUACAAGCUUGAUGUUAAAUCCAAGCCACGGGCGCUGGUGAGGCUCUACCAAGAAUGUGAGAAGCUCAAGAAGCUGAUGAGCGCCAACUCCUCUGACCUGCCUCUCAACAUUGAAUGCUUCAUGAAUGACAUUGAUGUGUCAAGCAAACUUAACAGAGGUCAGUUUGAGGAGAUGUGUGCAGAGCUGCUGGCCAAAGUAGAGGGUCCCCUGCGCAGCGUCAUGGAACAAGCCAAGUUGAAAAAAGAAGAUAUCUAUGCCGUGGAGAUUGUAGGUGGUGCCUCCAGAAUCCCCGCCAUCAAAGAGCGCAUUGGCAAAUUCUUUGGUAAAGAGCUGAGCACCACCCUGAAUGCAGACGAGGCCGUGGCAAGAGGCUGCGCCCUGCAGUGUGCCAUCUUGUCACCAGCGUUCAAAGUCAGAGAGUUCUCCAUCACUGAUGUUGUUCCCUACUCGGUUUCCCUAAGAUGGAAUUCAGCUGCAGAGGAAGGACUGAGUGAUUGCGAAGUUUUCCCAAAGAACCAUGCAGCUCCCUUCUCAAAGGUUUUGACCUUCUACCGGAAAGAGCCCUUUUCUCUUGAAGCUUACUAUAGCAACCCCAAGGAGUUGCACCAUCCCACUGCCACCAUAGGCUCCUUCCUGAUCCAGAAUGUCACUCCACAGGAGGGUGGAGAAAGUGCAAAGGUCAAAGUGAAAGUUAGGGUUAACGUUCACGGUGUCUUCAGCGUAUCAAGUGCAUCUCUAGUAGAAGUCAUUAAAACUCCCGAUGAGCCAAUGGAGACAGAGCAGGCUGUGAAGGAUGAGGAGAACAAAAUGCAAGUGGACCAAGAGGAUCAGAAAAUUCAGACUGGAGACAACGAAGAGAAGAAAUCAGAGGUUGAAGAGAUGGAGACAACAGCAGAGGAUUCCAAGCAGGAGAAGAAGAUCGACCAGCCCCCUCAGGCAAAGAAGCCCAAAGUGAAAACAAAGACAGUGGAGCUGCCCAUAGAGAAUAACUUGCACUGGCAGCUGUCCAGUGACGUUCUAAAUACGUAUGUGGAGAAUGAGGGCAAGAUGAUCAUGCAGGAUAAGCUGGAGAAGGAGAGGAACGACGCAAAGAACAAUGUAGAAGAAUAUGUGUAUGACAUGAGAGAUAAACUGCACGGCGUCCUGGAGAAGUUUGUGAACGAAGCUGACCGCGAUGCGUUCUCGUUAAAACUGGAGGACACGGAGACCUGGCUGUAUGAAGAUGGCGAGGACCAACAGAAACAAGUUUACAUUGAUAAACUGGCUGAAUUGAAGAGAUUUGGCCAGCCUAUCUAUAACAGAUACAUGGAAGCUGAGGAGAGACCAAAAGCAUUUGAGGAGCUUGGCAAACAAAUCCAGAUGUAUAUGAAAAUUAUUGAAGCUUACAAGGCAAAGGAUGAGCAGUACGAGCACCUGGAUGAGCUGGAGGUGACUCGUGUGGACAAGCAAGUGAACGAUGCCAUGACCUGGAUGAAUGGCAAGAUCAACCAGCAGAACAGUCAGGACCUCACUUUGGAUCCUGUAGUUAAAGUUGCGGAGAUCAGGGGCAAGACUAAGGAGCUUUAUUCAACCUGUAACCCCAUUUUGUCCAAACCCAAGCCGAAGGUGGAGCCACCUACAAAGGAAAAGGCAACAGAGAACGGGCCAGUAAAUGGACCAGACCCAACAGAAACCCAGCCAUGCAACCCAGACAAAGCCAAAUCCACAGACACGGAAGAGGGAAAAGUGAAGAAUAAGCUCCCUGAAAUGGACAUUGACUAACUUUGAGCGUUCACGAUGAGCUGGCCCUUGUUCUGUUCUGCUCAUCGCCCCUCACUGUGUCAUUCUUCAGAGAUUGUUAUUGACGACACAGUAGCUUCUCUCACAAAGACACCGACAGCAGCACCCUUCAUUCAUAUUUAAUUAUCAGUCGGCCUAGUUGGCAUGUUCCUUCGUUUUUUUUGAAAACAACAAUAUUGCAUAAUAUUAUUAAAGAAAGGACUUUAUUUCAUCAGUUGUGAACAUUGGAUGGAAGCUGUUUUUCUUGUCUUGCUUUGGUGGCCAUUAAAGAUUAUUUUUCUCAGCAACUAUGAAUGUCCGGUUUGAGGAAUGUUAAAAAAGUGGGUUUCCUAGUAAUAAAGGAAUGUGGAAGUGUAAUGUACUGCACUAUAGGUAAUAUAAACAUAUGGUGACACUUGUUAAAGAACAUGGAUUGUUCCAAACUGUAAAUGACAAGUAGUCAUAGGUAAACAGGUAAGUUUAUCUGCUGAAUUAUACUUGACUUUUUAGUUUUUCUUGGAUUUUGUUGUUUAAGUACUGUAUGUUGAAACAAGUUAGUUUGUUACUGUCAUGCAGUACUUCAUUGUCUGGCUUUUGUCCUUCCAAAGGUCUGUUGGUUGCUUGUAGGCUUGUAAUGUUUUUUUGUUUUUCUACUUAAAAGCGUGAAUGCUGGUGCAACAAACCACUUUCGCUGUGCUGCUGUUGUUGCCACAACAAAAAAAUGAAUAAAUCGUGAUUAUAAAAAGCAUGCUAUGUUAGAAAUACCUUAUUAAUAAGUAACCAUGAAAAUGUGGUUGUCUUUGUUACCUUGGUUACAAAUGUUUAGCAACAAAUAAUAUUAGAUACUACAAACUGUAAAAUAUCUUGUUACACAAAAUGGCAGCUUUUACAGUGCUUUAUUAUCAAAUAUUGUUUAUUAUACUAAACAUGCCAGUACCAUAGUCCUGCUUGGGUUCAAAACAAACUAAUUGGAUUAGUAGUUUAAAGUUAUUGUUUAGUUUAUUCGUUCCCAAGGUGAAUCUACCUGCUGAAGUUAAACCAUAAAUAAAGAGGUGUAAUAUUUUCCACCUGAGAAAGUGGCCAAUUACACUUUAGAAAUGUU